AAACAUCCCAAUAAUGAAAAGUCCAUUCUGUUUUGAGAGUUCUCUUACGUCAAAAAUUUUGACCUACGUAAUAUCGCUUUUGUAGUAAAAAUACUAUAAUAAUGUUUGUUCCAACAAGUAGCCGAACCGGCUGAAACUCUCAGCGAAAAGUCGACCAGCACGAGUAAAACUGCAAAUUAGCAGCAGCCUACCGAAAUUUUGUCAAAGACCAAGACCUGUGGCAACCGACAACACUGUCACCACGUGCCACAUUUGCACGCGGGCCAACAAAAUGAAGUGGACAAUAAAAUUGAGGGAGGAUUGAGAUUGAGUGAGCUUUGAGUUGUUUCUUGUUGUUAUGUUAAUGUCAUUCUUGUUUCCUUGAUAGAAUUCAUGAUUUGAAGUGAUUUCCACUUUUUGGGUGUAAAAUUGGAAUAGUACAUAAAUAAAAUCAAGUGUAUCAACAAUGGAAGUCAAAGAAGAAAUUACGGAGGAAACGUUUAAAAUAGAAAUAGAGUAUAAUGAUUUGGAUGAUGCUAUUUUGGAUGGCUAUGGCUUUAAAUGUGAAGUUCAGGAGUCUACUAGGGAAAGUACUCAUGGUACAUAUGGUUCUUUAGACUUUGAAACAAAACCAUUUGAAGAAAACCAAGAAUCUGAAAAAGGUCAUCUACAAGAUGAAAGCAAAAUGGAAAUUGAGGAGAAACUCAUUAAAGAUUCAUCUCACGACGAAAAUGACACGAGUCGACACACGGAAGGAAAAACUUUAAAUAAACCUAUGACAGUUGUGAUUGGAAAAAGACCUUAUAAAUGUGAAAUUUGUUUUAAGCAGUUUUCUCAUGCAGUUCAUUUGAAAAGACAUUUGAAUGUGCACGUUGGGGAAAAACCUCAUAAGUGUGAAAUUUGUUUUAAACAGUUUAGUGAAGCAGGUACUUUAAAAAGACAUUUGAGAGUGCACACUGGGGAAAAACCUUACAAGUGCGAGAUUUGUUUUAAGCAGUUUUCUCAUAGAUUUUAUUUGAAAAAUCAUUUAAGAACACACACUGGAGAAAAACCUUACAAGUGUGAGAUUUGCUUUAAACAGUUUAGUGCAGCAGGUAGUUUAACAGCACAUUUAAGAACGCACACUGGAGAAAAACCUUAUAAGUGUGAAAUUUGUUUCAAGCUGUUUGCUCAAGCAGUUGGUUUGAAAAGUCAUUUGAGAGUGCACACUGGGGAAAAACCUUACAAGUGCGAGAUUUGUUUUAACCAAUUUACCACAGCAAGUUAUUUGAAAAUUCAUUUAAGAACUCACACUGGCGAAAAGCCUUACAAGUGUGAAACAUGUUUUAGGCCGUUUAGUAGAGCAGAUGAUUUGAAAAAACAUUUGAGAGUACACACUGGAGAAAAACCAUACAAGUGCGAAACUUGUUUGAAGCAAUUCAGAGAACUAGGCACUUUCAGAAAGCAUUUAAAAACACACACUGGAGAGAAACUUUACCAGUGUAAAAUUUGUUUUAAGUCGUUUUCUCGAACAGAUAGUUUGAAAUCACAUUUGAGUGUGCACACUGAGGAAAGGGAAAAACAUUAUAAGUGUGAAAUUUGUUUUAAGCAGUUUAUUUAUGCAAAUAGUUUGAAAACACAUUUGAGGGUGCACGGUGGGGAAAAACCUCACAAGUGCGAGAUUUGUUUUAAGCAAUUUACUGAAGCAGGUACUUUGAAAAGUCAUUUAAAAAUUCACACUGGAGAAAAACCUUACAAGUGUGAGAUCUGUUUUAGGCGAUUUGGUGAUGCAGCUAGUUUGAAAAGACAUUUGAGAGUACACACUGGAGAACAACCUCACAGGUGUGAAAUUUGUUUUAAACAAUUUAGUCAUAAAAGUUCCUUGAAAACACAUUCGCGAGUGCACACUGGGGAAAAACCUCACAAGUGUGAGAUUUGUUUUAAGCAGUUUUCUCAGGCAGCACAAUUGAACAAUCAUUUAAGAACGCACACCGGAGAAAAACCGUACAAGUGUGAGAUUUGUCUUAGGCAAUUUAGUUUAGCCAGUAGUUUGAAAAGACAUUUAAGACAGCACACUGGCGAAAAACCUCACAUGUGUGAAAUUUGUUUUAAGCAAUUUAAUCUUAAAACUUCCUUGAAAACUCAUUUGCAAGUGCACACUGGGGAAAAACCUUUUAAGUGCGAUAUUUGUUUUAAGCAAUUUACUACAGCAAGUUAUUUGAAAAGACAUUUAAGAAUUCACACUGGAAAAAAGCCUUACAAGUGUGAGAUUUGUUUUAAGCAGUUUACUAAAACAAAUGAUUUGAAAAAACAUUUGAGAGUGCACACUGGAGAGAAACCAUAGAAGUGUGAAACUUGUUUUAAGCAGUUUAUUUAUGCAAGUUCUUUGAAAUUGCCAGCCACUAAUUCCGAAUGAGAGAUGGUUUAAAGAUGAAUCAAAUACGCUGUUUAUAAAAACAAUAAACAGAAUGAGGUCAAAUCACGCACUAACCCCAGCAUACAAACACAGCAUAGGUAUCAGUGAUAACCCAUAUUGCGCCUGUGGUGGAAUAGGAGAUCUACAGCACCUCAUAUUGGAGUGUGGACAGUACAGACAAAAUAUUAAAGUAAUGUAUGAAAAGUUAAUUGAUCUAAAUUGUCCUUUACCUGUCAAUUCAAACGAAAUUCUUUUUCCAAAAAAUAAGCAGACGUUAAAAUAUCUUUACAAAUAUGUAACGUCCUGUAAAUUUAAAUUUUAAAUAGGUUAGAUAAUAAAAUUAAAAAUUCGUUGCAUUGGAAUUACAAAGUUCUAUCUAUCUGCCUCAGGUGCCAUUUUUAGUUAUGACUGUUGAAAAUUUCUAUGUUAUGUAUUUAUUUUACUAUUAUCGCCACCUGUAUAUGUAAAUUCAAAAAAAAAAUUAAUAUAUUUUUAUUAACCAUAAAACGUUAUUUCAAUAGUUAAUACAAAUGAGUUCUGAUUUGAGAAAUUAUUUAAACUUAUUUAAUGAAGGUUUAUCUUCCACAUAUAGAUUUGUUUAACAAUUAUUAUAUAAUAAAACAACUCGAAGUUAUUUGGUAAAGUCUUAUUGUUAACUUAUAAACACUUUUAGUUCUUGCAAAUAGGACCUUGUGUACUUAGUUGACUGUUUUUUAUGUCAAUUAGAACCUUGUUAACUGGUCAACAUUUAAGAUAGAAACUUAGAUAGAACCUUGUAACUUACGUAUUUCAGCCACCUGUUAAUAGAUAUCGUUGCUAGUAUCAUAUUAAGGUGAAGAACAUAAAAUAAAACAAAGUUAAAUAAAAAUCUCAAUUUAGACAAAAAUUACAGAUAAAACCUUGUUAUUCUGACGCAACGAAUUGUAAAAUAUUACACAAAUUUGAAAAAAAAAAUGUAUCCAUUAAUAUAUUAUAACACCCUGUAAAUUUAGAUUAUAAGUAGGCUUAGAUGUUAAAUUAAACAUUGUUAUUGUAAUACCAUACAAAAAAAAACAAAUAGUCUGGCUAAUUGGCUAAGCCAAAGCCAUUAAAAUAAAAAAAAGUUUAUUCAUGCAAGUUCUUUGAAAAUACAUUUUAAUGUGCACGCUGGGGAAAACGUGGGAAAUUUGUUUUAAGCAGUUUUCUCACAAAUGUUUUUUGAAAAUAUGUUAUGAGAGUACCUACAUUUAUUUAUUUGUUAAGAGCACACAGUGGCGAUCAACAGGUAGCAACAAACGCGGUCCAAGAUUGCGGUUCCAAUUUUUAAUAUUUGGUCGAAAUAUUUGGCACACAUUCGUAAUAUAAUAAAGAAUGGCGGUACAGAGCCCAAUUUCAGAAAUAUGUUAGUAUGUGGAAAUUACUCUAUAACUAAAUAAAAAUAUUACAAAAAGAAGCCUGUACCGCCAUUAAGAACGACAAAAAAUACUCUUUCUUCAAAUAAACAUUUUUAUCCCGUCCCUAGAUUUUGUGUCACAUUGGAUCUACUAAAAAUCGAGUUUUUUAUAACAAGAAAUAGAACGUCACUGACUCGGCAAUAUUUCGCGCCCAUGUGUAUAAAAAUUAUUGUUUUUGAUAGUAUAAACGUCACUGUCAGUGUCGAAUUACCGACGUACUGUUGCGUCACUUUCGAAAGUUCGCAGAACUUGCAAUCUUGGACCGCGUUUGUUGCUACCUGUUGAUCGCUACUGUGUGCUCUUAAGCUUAACAGGCCUUGUAAGCAUAGGGUUAAAAUGUGUACAUUUCUAAUUACAUUUUGUUUUAAUCUUAAA